CUCUCAUCUGCUUCUCCCUCAUUUGCUCCUACUCGCCACAUACAUUAUCACCAGAGACGCAUGAGCUUGAGUGUAGCUCCGAUAUAGAGAGAUAUAUACCUUACCUACCUUACUCACAACACGCACGCGAUCAUGGCUAUGCAAAGGGGACUGAAGAACAUACUGGCCAUGAAUGCCGACGACAUCGUAAUCCUGUCUGCUCUCCGUACGCCCGUGACACGAGCAAAGAAAGGCGGUUUCAAAGACGCCCACGACCACGAGCUCCUCUCCCACGUGCUUCGAGCCACUCUCGCCGCGCAUCCCAACCUCGAUCCCUCCAAAAUCAACGAUGUACAGAUUGGUACAGUCCUGUCCGAGCUUGGUGGCAGCAAGGCAGGCCGGAUGGCAGCGCUUCACGCCGGACUGCCCGAGACCGCGACCUUCCAGACGGUGAACCGAGCUUGCAGCAGUGGACUGGCAGCCAUCACAGGCGUAGCAAAUGCCAUUCGAGUUGGAGAGAUUGAUGUGGGAAUUGGUGGUGGCAUGGAGAGCAUGACUCGCAACUACGGCUCACGAGCUAUUCCCACAGCUCUGUGGGGUGAGCUGAAAGAAUCGCAAAACAAGGACGCGCGGGACUGCAUUAUGAGCAUGGGGAUUACAGCCGAGAAUGUAGCAGAGAGAUACAAGGUGUCUCGUAAAGAGCAAGACGAAUUUGCGGUGGCUUCACAUUUGAAAGCUGCGAAAGCACAAAAGGAAGGAUUGUUCGACCAGGAGAUUGUGCCUGUCAAGACGAGAACUAUACCUGAUCCCGAACAUCCGGAAACUACAGAGGAGGUGACGGUCUCCAAGGAUGACGGAAUCCGUGCAAAGAGCACAGUCGAGAAAUUGGGCACGAUGAAGGCUGCUUUUAAACCGGAUGGCGCUACGACUGCAGGAAACAGUUCGCAGGUGAGCGAUGGAGCUGCGGCAGUUCUCAUGAUGAGGAGAUCUACAGCUGCGGAACUGGGCCUCUCAACUUCCAUCAUUGGCAAAUGGGCAGGCACACAAGUCGUCGGCUGUAGACCUGAUGAGAUGGGCAUCGGCCCAGCUCUCGCUAUCCCGAAGCUCUUGAGCCAUACUGGAAUCUCGAAGGAGGAUGUCGGAAUCUGGGAAAUCAAUGAGGCGUUUGCGUCCCAGGCGGUAUACUGUGUGCGAGAAUUGGGUAUUGACCAGGCAAAGGUCAACCCCAAGGGUGGAGCUAUCGCGUUGGGACAUCCGCUUGGUGCUACUGGCGGUCGGCAGUUGGCGACUCUACUGCCAGAGCUUGAGAGACAAGGGCAGCAAGUGGGUGUGGUCAGCAUGUGUAUCGGAACAGGAAUGGGCAUGGCUAGUUUGUUCAUCAGAGAGUAGAACGACCUCCUCCGAAGUCUAGCGCGUAAAGCAUAUGUCUAAAAAGUAGUGCUUUUAUCUGUCCAUGGGCAAACAUUAGAGGUG